AUGCAGCUGUAUCACUUCACAGCCAUCGUCAUUGCUGGCCUCGGCUUCUUCACUGACGCCUACGACCUCUUCGCCAUAUCCGGAGUGGCUCCUCUGCUAGGCCGCAUCUACUACUACAGCCCUGGCAGUGACACGCCUGGGCGCAUGCCUGCUGGGGUCAACUCAGUCGUAACCGGCAUCGCCCUGAUCGGAGCCUUCUUUGGCAUGCUCUUUUUCGGUCGUCUGGGUGACAGGUGGGGGCGCAAGCGGGUGUACGGCAUAACGCUCAUCAUCAUGAUGCUAGCAGCAGUGGGACAGUCUCUCUCCUUCGGCUCCUCCCCCACGGCUGUCAUCUCCACUCUCUGCUUCUUCCGCUUCUGGCUGGGGUUCGGUGUGGGGGGGGACUAUCCGUUAUCGGCUGUUAUCAUGUCCGAAUAUGCCAACACCAAGACUCGAGGAGGCUUCAUUGCAGCUGUCUUUGCCAUGCAGGGCAUGGGCAUACUAGCAGCAGCGCUUUUCACAAUGGCCAUCGGGGCUCUCUUCAACGCAGCCUUCCCCUCGCCGCCCUUCGACGAGGGCGCUAUUGCCUCCGUGCCCCCCCAAGCCGACUACGCGUGGCGCGUGGUGCUGGCAGCGGGGGCGGUGCCGGCAGCACUCACCUUCUACUUCCGCAUGACCAUGCCGGAGACCCCGAGGUUUACCGCGCUCGUGCAGCGGAAUGCCAAGCAGGCUGCACGGGACAUGGGGCAGGUGCUCCACUCUGCGUUCGAGGAGGCCGAUGUGGAGAUUGAAUUGGCCACCGCCCCUGUGCGAACAUACAGCCUGCUCUCCCGCGAGUUCCUGCACCACCACGGCGUGCACCUGCUCGCCACGGCCGCGUGCUGGUUCCUGGUGGACACAGCCUACUACUCGCAGAACCUGUUCAAUCGCGACCUGUUCACGGCCAUUGGAUGGGUCGCACCGCCGUACAGCAUGAACGCCCUGCAGGAGAUGUACGAGCUGUCCAAGGCCACGGCGCUCAUGACGCUCUGUGCCACGCUCCCCGGCUACUGGGUGACAGUGUUCACAGUCGACAAGCUCGGCCGAGUCUUCGUGCAGCUACAAGGGUUCUUCUUCAUGACCAUAUUCAUGGGCCUCUUUGCUGGCUUCUACCCCAAGCUCCACGGCGACCCCUGCACCCUCCCCUGCACGCCCACUGCCACCACACCCUGCCCUGAUCCUCCGAUAGAGGACCCUAGUCAUACGACGUGCGGGGGUAAUCCGAUUGCGCUGCUGUGUCUCUACGCUCUGACUUUCUUCUUUGCGAAUUUCGGGCCGAACAGCACGACGUUUAUCCUGCCCGCGGAGCUUUUUCCUGCCCGGUUCCGGUCGACGUGCCAUGGGAUUAGCUCGGCUGCAGGGAAGCUGGGUGCGAUCGUGGGCUCGUUUGGGUUUGUGUACGCGUCGCAGGAGACUCCCUUACAAGAGACUGCUUCGGUCGGGACUGUUUCGAAUACGGGGUAUCCGCCUGGGAUCGGCGUGCAGAAUACGAUGUUUAUUCUCAUGGCGUGUGCGGGCGUGGGGUUUCUGUGCACGUUCCUGCUGCCGGAAACGAAAGGGAGAUCGCUUGAGGAUAUUUCUGGGGAGAUGGUGGAGAGUGAUGAGGAGGACGACGAGGAGGAGGAUGGGGAGGAUGUGGGGGAUGGGGAGGAGGGGGAGGAGAGGAAUGAGUACCGGUACCAAGAGCAGGAGAUUGGGUUGGAAGGGGUGAUGAUGGGCCACAGAUGGGAUGAGGAGGAAGAGGAAGAUGAGGAGGACGAGGAGGAAGAGGAAGAUAGGGAGGAUGGGGAGGAGGAGCUAACACUAGAACAGAUGGGACUGGGGAGUCUUGUGAUGGAUCAGGGGGGGAGAGAGGAGGAGCACAUGCCAGUGGGAGGGGUGUGUAUGGGUGGGUUGAGCUUACCAUGUGGGAGUGUGCAUCCAUACGGAGACCCUCCGCCGCACAUCCCGCUGGUGCAUGUGAACGAACGAAACAUGCUGGAGUGGCAUUUCCUCCUAGAGGGUCCCCCCGACACGCCGUACGAGGGCGGGUGGUACGUUGCGAAGCUGCGCUUCCCCCAUGACUACCCCUUCCGCCCGCCCGCCAUCCUCAUGCUCUCGCCCUCCGGCCGCUUCAAGACCAACACUCGCCUCUGCCUCUCCAUCUCUGAUUUCCACCCGGAGAGCUGGAAUCCCAUGUGGUCAGUUGCGACAGUGGUGAUAGGGCUGUUAUCCUUUAUGGUGGAAAACACUCAGACCACAGGAUCUCUCGAAACCACUGACGAUGACAAGCGGGCGUUUGCACGUGAAUCAGUGUCGUUCAUCCUGGCCUCCCCCCAGCUCAGCGCCAUGUUCCCAGAGCUGCCGCAGCUGGUGCAGGCGCAGAGAGAAAAGGGGGAGAAUGGGGAUAAGGGGGAGAAGGGGGAGAAGGGGGGGGCGAAAGGGAAGGAGGGGGAGAAAGGGGAGGAGGGGGAGGGUGAAGAGGAGGGGGAGAAGCGGGGGCAGGAAGAGGGCGAGCAGGGAAAAGGGCAACGAGGGGAGGCAGGCAGCGGAAGCGAAGGGCAAGAGGAGAAGCGAGAGGGAGAAGAGAGAGGAGAGGAGGGUAGUGGAGCAGCAGCAGCAGCAGCAGCAGCAGCAAAUUCCUCGAGAGCCUCCUCCAUUGGUUCAUCCCCAGGCCUAAGCCCUGCCUCCUCCUCUUUCCUGCAUUGCCUGCUCUCUGCUGAAAGCAGGCUGCUGGGAAGACAAGGGGAGCAGAUGCUGCCAGGAGGAGUCCGUGAGGCGGUGGGGUGUGAACCAGAUGCUGCAGGGGGAUCCCGUGAGGAUGAUGGUGCUGCUGCUGCUGCUGCUGCUGCUGCUGCUGCUGCUGCUGCUGCUGCUGCUGCUGCUGCUGCUGCUGCUGCUGGUGGGGAUGGUGGUGGUGGUGAGGGUAGUAGUGGCAGUGGCGGAGGUGGUGGUGGUGGGAGGAGAGUGGUGGAGGGAGGGGAUCCCGAGGGAGCUUUGGAGGAGCUUGAAGGGAUGUUGAGAGAAGGGGGGGAUGGAGAGGCGGGAGGAGAGGAGGUUGACGCGCAAGGGAGUGAUUUGCACAAGUGGAAAGGCCGGCUACUCAUGUGCAAGGUGCGAUGCAGUGGAGUGCUGUGGAGGCUGGUACGUGAGGAGGAGGGCAAUGCUGGGCCGUGGGUGGUAGGUGCUUUGUCCUGGCUGCGACCCCAAGUCACGGUGGAAGAGGUCGAAUCGUUCCGGGUGCGAGUGGAGGGGGCAGGCCGUCGCAGAGCCAGGGGCGCGGAGCAGUACAAGAAGCGGUCCAUGGAAGCAGCAGUGCGCGCAUUCUCCACUGCCAAGUCCUUUGUGCUCUCCUGCGCCGCCCUCCAUUUCAACCUCGCCGCCGCGCUCGCUGCCCUCGCCCGGCACGAGGAGGCAGUAGCAGCGUGUGACGAGGCACUUGCGCUGAUUGCAACGCACAGCAAGGCAAGGAAGAGGCGUGCUGACAGCCUGGCAGCACUGGGCAGGCAUGCAGAGGCGGCAACAGAGUACAUGCUGCUGCUGCAGCUGCAGCCAGGGGAGAGAAAGUGGGAGCAGAUGGCAGAAGAGCAGAGGAGCAAGGCUCAGAGUACUGCUGGAGGCAGCAGCAACAGCAACAGCAGCAGCAGCUAG